AUGCCAACUCCUUUGCAGGGUGCACUUACAUUCUUGCAGCAACUAGACUUGUUCAAAGACUAUAAGCAAAAACUUGAUGUGGCAAUAGGAAAAGAAAAGACGAAUGAUUUGAUUACGAAUGCAUCGUACCUUAUUAGCUCUGGUACCAACGAUUUCACCUUAAACUACUACGGACCCAUACCUGUUCGCCAGUUGACUUAUCCUAACAUUUCCGGAUUUCAACAGUUCAUGUGGCAGAACAUUCAACAAUUCAUACAAGAAUUGAUGGACGAGGGUGCGAAAAAGAUAGGAUUGGUGGGUGUACCACCAAUCGGAUGCCUCCCUGCCAUGAUUACUCUUCACUCGAAGCAUCCCAUCUUAAACCGCGAAUGUAUUGAAAAUCUUAAUGCUAUAUCAAAGAUGUUCAAUCAAAUGUUACAAGAUAAUCUUGAUGGCCUUAGAAGACCAGACAUAAAGAUCAUGUAUCUGGAUAUAUACACACCUAUUUUAGACAUGGUUGAGCAAAAGACAUCAUAUGGAUUCGAAGAAGUACACAAGGGUUGUUGUGGAACUGGGUUAAUCGAAGCAGGCUUCUUCUGCAACUCCAACUCUCUGAUAUGCGAUGAUGUCUCAAAGUACAUUUUCUGGGAUUCAUUUCAUCCAACUGAAAAGGCUUACCGCAUUAUCUUCGAUUCCUUACAGUCCCAUUUGUUAGAGAAUAUAUUAUGAAUCUCAUCUCAAUCACAUAUGUUGUUCACUUAUGUCUUUCCAUUGGUUGUAUUUUCUGUUCCCGCUAGUGUGAUGUAAAUAUUUAAAAUUGAAGCAUACU